AUGGUUGGAGGCACGCCGCGGCGCUCGGCGAGGAUAAGUCACCUAGAUGGUGGCAUCUCCCUGCCUGGUGCUCAUAACGACUUCUAUGGCCAGAACAGCUUGCUUGGUCCGACUAGAGGAGGUUCCAAGGGACCGAUCAGUGAAGAUGAGAACGAUCGCAGAAACAAUGAGCUUUAUAAUGAAAUGUUCAGCCUGAGCCGCGGAAUCGGUCAAAACAAGCUCCCCCAGCAAGACACGAGCCCGUUGGAUACCGCCAUGGCAAACAUUCGCAACUCCUCCAGAAGGAAUAAAGGAUCCCGAGAGACUUCCCUAAGCGAUGAAGCUACACCGUCCGAUGAUGAUAUCUUUAUCCCUCCAGUCAACCAACGGGAUCCUGUGUCAUCAUAUCGGCCAUUUUCACAGGAAGAUCCUUGGAAGUUGCGGAAUGAAGUUGGUAAUCGCAAUCUCUACACCGCCGGCGUACAGAACCCCCACCAGACUCCUUACAACAGGAAAAAUCACCCAUCGGAGCCAAACUCGCUUGCAUCAAAAUGGGGCAUGGCCGGCGGUCGACCGACCCCGGCUCCCUUGUCAACUAGAAGCUUCGUCCAUGAAGACCAUCUCUUUAAUGCGGCCAAUAUACAAUCCCCUUCAAUAAGACCACCGCCCGCGGGCCGUCAGCAGUCUUCCAAGAACCAGGGCACUACUGAGACUUCUCCGCCUCCUCCGCCUCCUCCAGCUCCUCCAGCUCCUCCAGCUCAACCAAUUCCUCCAGCUCCUCCAGCUCAACCAGUUGCUCCAGCUCCUCCAGUUCAACCAGUUCCUCCAGUUCAAAAUCCUCCGCCUCCUCCUCCUCCAGUUCCCCCAGUUCAAAAUCCUCCGCCGCCGCCUCCUGUUGUAGACCCAGCCCGUGUUCAAGCCCUGCGGGAUCGGCUGGGAAAGAAUCCUGAGCGCGAGCACAGUGCACCGAAACCUUGGGUCACGAGGGACGACUUAUCCGAUGCGCAGAAAGAUCACGUUGAACGCUUCAGAAGCCGGGUUCGUCUAACCGAGGGACCCGUCGUACCUUCCCCUCCUUGGAAAAAAGCCUCCUAA